AUGUCAUCAGGCUGUCAUUCACGCCAUUUAAAUCAUUCGUCAAAUAACUAUAAUCAACAUCAUGAUUUACCAGUGUGGCAAAAUGAUUCAGAAGUUUCACAAUGUAAUUUAUGCAAUUCGCAUUUUAGUUUAAUUAAUAGAAGACAUCAUUGUAGAAAAUGUGGUAAAAUAAUAUGUGGUAAUUGUUCAAACAACUAUAUAAGUUAUUUAUUAAAUACACCAAUUAUAAAUCAAUUUAAUUUUUAUCAACCAAAUAAGUCGAAAAUUCAAACUUAUAAAACUUGUGAUGAGUGUACUAUUGAAAUAAAUAUGAUUAAACAAGUUAUAAACAACGAAACAACAACAACAACAACGAGUCAAAUAACUAUACAACCUCAAAGUCAACAAAAAUCAUCAAAUGUAAUUGUAUUCACUCAUAAUUUAAAUAAUUCUUCAAAUACUUCAAUUACAAAUACUAGUGAUAUAAAUUUAUGUCCUGUAUGUUCAAAUGAUUUGCUUAAAUUAUAUAUAAAAGAGCAUAAGAAAAAUAAAGAUGUUGUAUCAAAUGAAGAAUUUGAGAAUUUUAAAGAAAUUCAUAUAAAUCAGUGUUUAACUCAAUAUGAUUUUAAUACCUUACACUCAAAUAGAUUUUCUCCAGAUUCGAAUCCAAAGAAUAAAAUGUUGGUAUAUAAUAUCCCACCAAUACCAAAACCAACUUAUGAAAAUAUAGAUGAAAUAAAUGCUAAAAAUAAUGAUACAAAAGAGGCGAAAACAAAGAUAAUACCGAAUAAUGAAGGUAAAGAAUUGGAGGAAGAAGAAGAAGAAGAAGAAGAAGAAGAAGAUGAUGAUGAUGAAUCAAAUGAAUGUGUUAUAUGUUUGGAAGACUUAAAACCAGGUGAUAAAGUAGGUAGGCUUGAAUGCUUAUGUGUUUUCCAUUAUAAAUGUAUUAAGGAUUGGUUUAAUAAGAAAGGUUAUGGUGAAUGUCCGGUACAUUUUUUACAUAAAUGA